AUGGCUAACAAGAAAAAAACAAAACGAUGUAGUACAAGCACCAUAACAAAAAGACGUAUUCGCAAUAAUAUACGACCAAUUCAAGCAUCAUCACCACAAUCGAAUACCGCAUCGACAAUACAAACAACAAUAUCAAAUCUGUCCACAUCUUCAAAACGUUCAUCUUUACCAUCACAACAGAAGAUUAUGAAAAGAACAAAAUUGAAUAUAACAUCAACAUCAGCAAAUUCAAAUGUACCUAUGGAUGGAUACACGAUCUUGCAAAAUCAAGUGUUAUUUACUCUUAUGUGCAAGACGAAUUGUGAAGGUUGCGGAAAUCGUUGGAACGGAACAAUUAACAUCAACAAACGCGAAGGUUUAUUUGUGAUUUUAUCUUUUCAAUGUUCAUCAUGUACAAAUAUCAUCACCAUUGAAACAAGUCCGAAGGUUGUUGGAUCAGAUCGUCGAGAUAUUAAUGUUCGAUCACAAAUUGGUGGCCAUUUGUGUGGUAUUAGACAUGCUGGAUUAGUAAAAUUAAUGGGUGCUAUGAAUUUACCAAGUACAAUUCAAGAUGAAAGAUAUUCCAAAUGGGAUAAAGAUUUAUUAGUUUCCGUAAAAUCAUUUUCGGAUCGGUCAAUGAAAAAAGCUGUUGAAGAAGCUGUGACUGCUGCAAAUGGUCGAGAACUAAUGGUUAGUGGAGAUGGAUUUUGGCAGACUCGAGGUUUUCAAAGUAGACAUGGUGCAGCAGCUCUUAUUUCUUGUAACACAACACCAAAAGUACUUGAUAUUGAAACAUGUAGUAAAACAUGUAAUGUUUGUAUGGGUGCACUUGCUAUUAAGAAAUCUAAUCCAGCUAAAUACAAUGAUGUUAUUAGAUCACAUCAUUGUGAAAAAAACUACAACAAAAGUUCGGGCACAAUAGAAGCUGAUGCUGUUCUUAACAUGUUCCAACGAUCAGUUUCCAAAUAUGAAAUUUAUUACACAAAGUAUGUUGGUGAUGGUGAUUCAAAAACAUUUGCUACUCUUUCUAACAAACCGCUAUAUCCAGAACAAAAUGUUAUCCGGUUACAAAUGGCAUUUGCUUCGACCAUUCGAAAAUGCAAACACGAUCUAGAUUUGUUAUUCAAGCGAUCGUGGGCUAUAUUUUGGCAUAAAUAUUCGACCAAUGAUGAUCCUCGUCAUGAUUCUUGCAGCAUCGAUUGGUGUGGUUAUUUAAAAGCUGCUCGUGAUGGAACAUCAUAUGAUCAUACACCACAUGCUUUACCUCGUCCCGUCCUUGAUGCCAUCAAGCCUGUUUUUGACAACCUCUGUUCUCGGAAAAGUCUUGAACGUGUACUUGAUGCAUCAAGUCAAAAUCCAAACGAAGGUUUUCAUUCGCUUGUCUGGCUUAUGUCACCAAAACACAAAACAACAUCUGGGACAAUAUUUGAAAUUGCUUGUCAUCUUGCAAUAAUAAUAUUUAAUGAUGGAUAUUUUGCAUUAGGUAAGAGAAUACAAAUAUUUUCGCAGGUUGUUUUAAUUAUAAUUAAAAUGUUUGAUACAUAUAAAACUAAUAAUGUCUUUUGGUUUUUCACAGGAGAUCUUUUCAACAACAUGUGCGGUUAUCGUGGUUAUUACACCAAUCAAGCAAUGAUUCACUUUGACAACAGUCGUCUCCACUCUGAAUCAAAAGCAAGUAAUAGAAAAACAAGAAAAGAAGCUGGUCGUGAUGUACAAAAAAAUGUUGAUAAUGGUCAAACAAAUAAUAAUAAUGCAUCUGGUAAUGAUGAUAAAACAAUAGAUGAUGAUGAAGCAGAUGAUGAUUAUAAUGAAACAAAUCCUAGUGAUCAACCAACAACUCAAGAUAAUGAAACAAUUAUUGAUAAUGAUGAAAGUAUUACCGAUGAUAAUGAUACAACAUCAAGUAGUGAUGAAUCAUCCAAUGAUAGUGAUGAUAAAACAAUUCUUAGUCCUGAUACGAGAACUAAUGAAGAUGUUGAGAAGAAUGAUGAAACUAGUGAUGACGAAUAUGGUUAUUAUAAUCCAAAAGACAGAAGAAGAUGGAAAGAAGAAGAAUAA